AUGUCUGGAUUUGGUAAUUUUUUGACUAAAUCACUAAAAGAGGCUGCAGAAGAUUUAGUUAAAAAUAAGUUAUCUAGUUUUAAAGGUGAAAAUAAAAACGACACUAACAAUAUGCCUCAACCAAAAAAUAAUCCUACACAACCAGGACAACAACCACCUUAUGGAGGUUUACAAGGAUCAAAACAACCACAAUCACCACAACAAUUACCACAACAACCACCACAACAACAACCAUAUUUAGGUGGGCCAGGACAACAACCAUAUUCAGGUGUUCCAGGACAACAACCAUAUUCAGGUGGUCCAGGACAGCAACCAUAUUCAGGUGGUCCAGGACAACAACCAUAUUCAGGUGGACCAGGACAACAACCGUAUUCAGGUAAUGUAGGACAACAACCAUAUUCAGGUGGGCCAGGACAACAACCAUAUUCAGGUGGACCAGGACAACAACCAUAUUCAGGUGGUCCAGGACAACAAGGAUUUCCACAACCUCCAUAUGGUGGACCACAACCUUAUGGUAUAAAUCCUCAGGUAAUGGGAGGAUAUGGUAAUGGAAUUCCAAAUCAACCAAAUUAUGGAAAUAAUCCCCAAUUUGGUCAAGGUUUUGGAGGAUAUGGUUUUCCAGGAUCUAAUAUGCCAUUUAAUGGUUCAGGAAAUAUGAUGGAUGGAGGAAUGAAUGGAUAUGGUGGAUACAAUCCAAGUAAUUAUGUUAAUCAAAUGCCACCUCAACAAGGUGGAAUGAUAUUAGGUAAUCCAUCAGUAAAAGAAUAUCCUGGUUUUAAUCCAUCUAAUGAUGCAGAAUCACUUAGAAAAGCUAUGAAAGGUUUUGGCUGUAAUAAUACUCGUGUAGUUGAAAUUAUAUGUAAACGUACAAAUUUACAAAGACAACAAAUUUGUAGAUCAUUCCAACAAAUGUAUGGAAAAGAUUUAAUUAAUGAAUUAAAAUCUGAAUUAUAUGGUGAUUUUGAAGAUUUAAUUAUAGCUUUAAUGAAACCUUCUGCUGAAUAUGAUGCUACUGAACUUCAUCGUGCAGUUGAUGGUCUUGGAACAAAUGAAAACAUUCUUAUUGAAAUUAUGACUUCAAGAACAAAUUCUCAGAUUAGAGAUAUUAAAAAUGCCUAUAACUAUUUAUAUAAUACUGAUUUAGAAUCUGAUAUUAAAGGAGAUACAUCAGGAUACUUUAAACGACUUCUUAUUGCUUUAAGUACAGGAUUUAGGGAUGAAAGUAAUUAUGUAGAUAUAAAUAAUGCUCAACAAUCUGCUAAAUCAUUAUAUAGUGCAGGUGAAGGAAGACUUGGAACAGAUGAGUCAACCUUUUUAGGUGUUUUAUGUUCACAAAAUUUUGCCCAAUUAAAUGCUGUCUUUGAAGAGUAUCAUAAAUUAACUGGAAGGACAAUAGAUAUAGCUAUUAAAAAUGAAUUUUCUGGAGACAUAAAAGAUGGUCUUUUGGCAUUAUAUCAAAUAAUUGUCAAUAGGCCAGGAUAUUUUGCAUCACAACUUGAAAAUAGUAUGAAAGGUUUUGGUACAAGAGAUAAAGAUUUAAUAAGACUUGUUGUAUCAAGAUGUGAAAUUGAUAUGAUUGAUAUAAGAAAUGAGUUCCAAAGAAUGUAUGGAAGGUCUUUGGAGCAAACAAUUGAAGGUGAUACUAGUGGAAGUUAUAAAAACGCUCUUAUUACUCUUGUUAAAGGUAAUUAA